CAACAUUUUAUUUCCAGGCGCGUAUGCGGUCACCCGAAUUGGAGGUCCUAGCGGAGAAACAGGAAGUGUUUCUGUAAACAGACUCGCAGUCCGCGGCCGAAGGUAAUUAUUUGACUGCAGUCCGGCACCGUGUGAAGCUGAGAGAGAAAUUCUGCAUUAACAGAAACUUAAACACACACCAAGGUUAAACGAAAAUAAGAAUACAGCGCGGACGAUGACAGUUCACAAUCUGUACCUCUUCGAUCGGAACGGGGCGUGCUUGCACUACAGCGAGUGGAACCGGAAAAAGCAAGCGGGGAUAUCGAAGGACGAGGAGUACAAGCUGAUGUACGGCAUGCUGUUCUCAAUCCGCUCUUUCGUCAAUAAGAUGUCACCUCUGGAUAUGAAGGACGGCUUCCUGACUUUCCAGACCAGCAAGUACAAGCUGCACUACUACGAAACGCCUUCGGGGGUGAAGGUGGUGAUGAACACAGACCUGGGGGUGCCCAACUGCAGAGACACGCUGCACCAGAUCUACAGCACGAUCUACGUGGAGUACAUUGUGAAGAAUCCCCUGUGCAGUAUGAACGAAGCCAUUCAGAGCGAUCUGUUCUGCUCCAAGCUGGACAGCUUCGUCAGGGGGCUCCCCUUCUUCUCAGCCCGGGCCGGCUAACUUCUACGGGUCACUUGAACCCGGGACACUUCAAACCCCCCCCCCCCCACCCCACCCCCACCCCCGGAUAAUAAGACAGGAUUGGAGGACGGGAGCUGGCACAGGAGGUGUCAUUUUGAUGAAAACAUUACCAGACACUCUGGGAUGGAAGCGAGACUCCUGUUGCAUAGCAGUUUGAUCCGUUCCUGGUUUUAAUCAGACACACCUGAGCUUGUUACCUGUACACAUCUGUGCCCCCCCCCCCUCCCACCCCCACAAAUAAAAACAAUGCUAACUUUCUUAUUCUUGCAAUGAGGAGGGGCACGAAACAGGGUUUCAAAUGUACUGACAGGUUGGAUCCAGAUGGUCAGUUUCUGCCUCUUGAGUGAGACUCGAGUCGCUCUCAAAAUGUAUUUAAGAUGAAACUAGAGUUGUAGGAUUAAGACAUGAAUUAAAAAAAAUAAAAAACUAUGUGAACAUAA